AUGGAGCGCUCCCUGCCCCUGCUGCUCCUGCUGCUCCUGCUGCUGGCACGUGGUGGCGCUGCAGAGCGGCUGGAGGCUCUGGUUCCUGGAGAUAUUCUGAUUGGAGCCCUGUUCGCUCUUCAUGAAGACGUGAGCAGAGACGACAGCUUCUCUCCCCACGUGCCCCAGUGUGUCAGGCCUCUGGAGCGUGGUGUAAUGCGGGCCUUGGCGAUGGUUGACGCGGUGCAGAGGGUAAAUUCUGCUCCUCUCAUGACCGAAGCCAACCUCACCCUGGGCCUGUGGAUCCAGGACUCCUGCUCUGAUGUGGGGACUGCACUGAGAGCCACGGAGCAGUUCACCAGAGUGGAGAGCUGUGGCGAGGACACUGCUGAUGCUGAUGGGCGCCGUCCCAUCAUGGCGCUGAUCGGAGCCACUCACUCAGAACUGUCCAUCGCUGUGGCCCGACAGCUCGCGCUCCGGAUGAUCCCCCAGAUCAGCUACUCCUCCACUGCGGCCAUUCUGAGCGACAAGUCCCGCUUCCCGACCUUCCUGCGGACCAUCCCCAGCGAUCAGCACCAGACGGGGGCUAUGGUGCGGCUGCUGUCUGCGUACGACUGGAGCUGGGUGGGGCUGGUGACCUCGGAUGGAGACUACGGGCGCUCGGCGCUGGACCUGCUCCUGUCGCAGAGCUCUGAGCGCAGCAUUUGUGUGGCGUUCAGGGCCAUGCUGUCGGCCAGUGAUCGUAGCGUGAGUGCGCAGAUCCGGGACGUGGCGCGCACCAUCUACAGCAGCCCUAGAGUGCGGGUCAUUGUAUCCUUCGCCAGCCCCGCGCUCAUGACGCAGUUGUGGGCCGAGCUCAAGACGCAGGCGUUGGCCGCGGGGGACAGUGUGGACUCCGUGAGGCGAGUGUGGAUCGCCAGUGACAGCUGGUCGUUCAUGAGCCUGGAGAACGUGGAAGACAUGGAGGGCAUCGGACACGUCAUCGGCUUUCACUUCAGGACCGUGACCUCGAGACUGUCUGGAAGGGAGGGGACCAGGGAGAGAGAGGUGGCUUGGGAGGGGGAAGGCUACAGCAGGCCUGAGCUGAAGGCGUUCUACCGCAUGUUAAAAGCAGAACAUGGUGAAGAUGUGGAGAAGCGGCUGAGUCCUGAGCUCCACACUGACACAGUCUUCAGUGUGCAGAUGGCGGUUGUCGCCAUCGCUCAUGCCACGGUGGAAAUGUGCAAAGAUCACGACUGUAAAACCCCCGGGGCCGUGCAGCCGUGGCAGCUGCUGAGGUCCCUGUGGAUGGAGGAGUUUGAGAUGGGGGGUGAGCGCUUCACCUUUGACCGAAGAGGAGACAUAAACCUGGGCUAUGACGUGAGCCUGUGGAGGGUGCAGUCUGGAGUUGUGCUCCGCGAGACCGUGCUGGAGUACCAUCCUCAGAACAACAGCUUCACAAACAAACACACAAGAAACCCUCUUCACGCUCUCAGGAGCGUAGUGUCCAGAUGCUCCGACAGAUGUGCUCCAGGUCAGUUUAAGAAAUCAGCUGAAGGACAACACACCUGCUGCUACGAGUGCAUCAACUGUACACAGAACUACUACUCCAACAGCACUGACAUGGACCAGUGCUUGAGCUGCGACACCGACAGGGAGUGGUCACCAGAGGGCAGCGCAGACUGUGUCCCCAAACGUCCACUCUUCUUCUGCUGGGACAACGGUUUCGCCAUCACGCUGGCUUCGCUCUCCGCGCUGGGGAUCGUCCUUGCUCUGCUCAUGUCCGCCCUCUUCUUCCGCCGCCGCCAAACACCGGUGGUGCGUGCCGCGGGAGGCCCACUGAGCCAGGUCAUGCUGCACUCUCUGGUCGUUAGCUUCGUUAGCGUGUUGCUGUUCGUCGGACGCCCCAACAACCUCCAGUGCAAGGCUCGCCAAGUCCUCUUCGGCAUCAGCUUCACCGUGUGCGUGGCGUGUGUGCUUGUCAAGACGCUGCAGAUCCUGCUGGCGUUCCAAUUCAACCCCACGCUGCAGGCCGCGCUGCGCAGACUCUACCGGCCGUACGCAGUGGUGAGCGCCUGCGUGGCCGUGCAAGCCGCCAUGUGCAUCAUCUGGCUGGUCCUGAAGAGCCCGUCUGCGCACGUGCUGAACCAGAACACCACGCUGCUGCAUGACUGCCACGAGGGCUCGUACCUGGCAUUCGGCGCCAUGCUGGGCUACAUCGCGCUGCUCGCCCUCGUCUGCUUUGUGUGCGCGUUCAAGUGCCGCAAGUUGCCGCAGCAGUACAACGAGGCGCGCUUCAUCACCUUCAGCAUGCUGCUCUACCUGAUGGCCUGGCUGCUGUUCGUGCCCAUCUACGUCACCACCUCCGGAGUCUACCUGCCGGCCGUCGAAAUGGUGGUGAUCCUUAUCUCCAACUACGGAAUCCUGAGCUGCCACUUCUUCCCCAAGUGCUACGUGAUGCUGUUUCGGAAGGACAAGAACACCCAGAGCGCGUUCCGGAAGACAAUCUACGAGUAUGCGAGUAAAAGUAAAAGUAAAAGUACUUUGUCCGCCUCGAGUUCAGAGAGUCCGGCGGACGCGGUCAGUUCGAAUUCGACAAAUGAAGAAGUGAAAGGUUCUCAAGAUGUUGUUCUGAGCCAGGACUCGAAACAGAGGAGGUGUCUGCGGCGGAGCUCAAGUGUCUGA